CCAGACCUGUUCUGCUAACACCACUUAAUGGUGGGGGCAGAUCGAGAUGCCAGGCUCUUUAUAAAGGCAGGGACGGAGACCUGAACACUAAGAGUCGAGGCAAGCUUCAGUCCAAAGACCUUGUUCACUGCGGAAGUACUUCCUUGUGGACAUCACAGGACACAAACGCAACCAUGAUCAAGAUUUUCCUCCUUCUGCUUCUGCUUGUCGGAAUAAAAAGUCAAAUUACUGAAGAUCCAGUUGGUGACGGCGGUGAUGACGGGGGUGACGGCGGUGACGGCGGUGACGGCGGCGACGGCGGCGACGGCGGUGACGGCGGCGACGGCGGCGACGGCGGUGACGGCGGUGACGGCGACGGCGGCGACGGCGGCGACGGCGACGGCGGCGGCGACACCGGCGGCGACGGCGGCGACGGCGGUGACGGCGGUGACGGCGGUGACGGCGGUGAUCCAGAGGAUCCAGCACCCGUCAUCAAUGUUUUGUUGGAUGAAGGCGUUGAAGUUUGCGUUGGGCUUCGCGAUCCCAAAGAAGAUGACGACCGCCACAUUAUUUUCAAGGUUGUUGAUGGUGUCGUCAAAUUAAGUGCGUCCACCACCCAUUAAGCCGUCAAACUCUAAAAAUGUAGAAAGCGCUCAGCAGUUUAUCUGAAUUAGAACUGCAGCGAUAUUAGUUUGACAUUUACUUCUGACAUCAUGUUCCUGUUCUACCUUUCUAACUGUCAUUCUAUUAAUGACCGCUGGGGGCGGGUGUGGUUGGGAAGUGGGGAUUUAGGGUGAUGUGUAGCGUUAUUCCCGGAUAAAAGAUGCCUUGAUUGCAGAGAAAAAUAAUUUCAAAAGAGAUUAAAAAUGGAUAGGAGGAACAAAGCAACACUUUAGUCAAAAGGUUUAUUGUUGAAAAGUGUUUCCUUCUUUGGAGAAUUAAAUCUGAUAGAAAAUCAUGAGGUCUUUGUGCUCUCUCUUACUUGUAAGUUUGUUCUGUCAUCAAUCAAUCAAUCAAUAAAAUGACCUA